CGGGGACAGCCUUUGAAGGCCAGACGCAGCUCCAGGGUGCCCGGCUCGAUCUAGGCCAGGUCGGCGCGCAAAUUGCCCCCAUGAAAGUCAUUUGCCGUCUCGCGAGGCGGUCGUCGAGCUUCAGCUGCCCGACCAUGGCGAGCCCCUUUCCACUGAUUCUCGGUAGCGGAGACUCUUUUAGCAUGCCAGCAGGUUUGCAUGCUCCUCUCUCAUAUACUCCUCGCCUCUUCGAAUGAUUCCCGGCAGCGUAGAUUCUUCAGCGUGUCAACAGGUUUGCGGCUUGCUACUCCCGCCUGGACUCAUGCUGACAUCUUGGGUUGCUGGCUGUUCAGUUGCGGAGAUUUUCCAGCGGGCCGCUCUGUAUGCUCCUCGCGCCCAGGCGUGGCAGUUUGCUGGACUGUCUUGCUGGUUGGAUCCGCUUGCGGACAUCCCAGCAUUUUAUAUUCAGAUGCCCUUCGCUCCUAAUUCUUCAUGCGGCCUCCUCUCUCACAUGCUCCCUGGUUUUUCUUAUGAUUCUCGGCAGCGGAUAUUCUUCAGCGUGUCAGCAGUUUUGGGCGUGUUAGGCUGACAAGCUGGAUUGCUGAUGGUUCAGGUUCGGAGAUUCUGAAGCUGGCCAUUAGGUGUGCUACUCGCACACGCGCGUGUGCUUGCUGGACAGUCUUGCAGGUGUUGCGAAACAA